UUUGAACUCGAAUCUUGCGGUCUUUGGUCAUACGAAGGCUCCCGUGUGGGCGACUGCACGCCUUGGACUGGUUUCUAACUAAGACCAAAACAUACGAGCACACGGAAAUUGCCCAACUAAUCAGGCCCGAUAUCAGUAACCUCGCCACCUAAUUUUGGCCUUCUUCAAUCCCAGUUGCUAAACUGACACUUGCUGAACUUCUCAACAACCAGCAUCCAAUCUUUUUUUUUUAAAAAAAAGUGAAGAAAAUCAAAUUGGGUAUAAGUCCAUUCUCUCCUUCUCCUUCCCCUCCCUCUGUGUUCUCACAUGAUACUGCAAAGGGCAUGUCUCUUCUCCUGAUACUCUCCUUGCUCCUAUUCACAGGCGAAGCGGCCUUCGGAGCAUCGCAGGAGACCGAUAAGGAUAUCCUCAUUGAGCUCAAGCUCUUCCUUCAGAAGUCCAAUCCGGUUAACCAGGGUGAGUACGCGCUAUGGAACGAGACAACCACGAACCCCUGCGGGUGGCAGGGGAUCAGAUGCAACACGUCUGGUCGAGUCACCGGGGUCUACCUCAACGACUCAACCAUCACCGGAGAUAUCUUCUCUGGUUUCUUUCAGCUCACGGAGUUAACUCACCUCGACCUCUCUAAUAAUACGAUCGGGGGCGAAAUUCCUUUAGACUUGAACAAAUGCGUCAAUCUCCGAUACCUCAACGUCUCCCACAACCUCAUCUCUGGCGAGCUGAAGUUGACCGGUCUGACAAAGCUCGAGACUCUCGACCUUACUCAAAAUCGUUUCGUGGGACGGAUCGAGUCCAAUUUCCCCGCACUGUGCACAAGUCUGGUUACCCUCAACAUAUCGACGAACAACUUCAGCGGCGACAUCGGUGAUUGCUUCAACGGAUGUCCGAGACUGCAGUUCGUCGACCUCAGCUCGAAUCAAUUCAGUGGCGAGAUAUGGCCAGGGUUUGAGAGGCUACGAGAGUUCUCAGUCGCAGAGAACAAUCUCAGGGGUAGUAUAAGGAAGACGUUCUUCUCACCGAGUUGCAGUCUCCGAAUACUUGAUUUAUCGUCGAACGGCCUGCAAGGUCAAUUUCCAGAUACGAUAUCCAAAUGCUCAGAGCUUGUUUCUCUAAACCUAUGGGGAAAUUACUUCACCGGCAGAAUUCCGCCGGCCAUCGGAUUGCUCUCCAAUCUCACCAGUCUUUUCAUCGGCAACAACAGCCUCGACAGCGAGAUCCCUGACCAACUCCUCAACUGCUCGAAGCUCACGUUCCUUGAUCUCAGCCGGAACAACUUCACCGGAGACGUCCAACCAAUCUUCGGAAAGUUCAAAACCCUGAAGAUUCUACUGCUGCGCAUGAAUUCUUACACUGGCGGCAUCCGAUCUUCGGGGAUCCUCGACAUCCCUAACCUCGAGAUGCUCGAUCUCAGCUUCAACAACUUCUCCGGCGAGCUUCCUGUCGAAAUCUCCAGAAUGUCAAAGCUCAAGUUCUUGAUCUUAGCUCACAACAGUUUCGAAGGGAAAAUACCAGCGGAGUACGGCGCCAUGACGUCUCUCCAAGCCCUGGAUCUCUCGUUCAACGUUCUCUCAGGCGAAAUCCCUGCAAGCGUCGGAAACCUCGGCUCUCUGCUCUGGCUGAUGCUCGCAAACAACCGACUCGUCGGAGAAAUUCCCUCAACGAUCGGAAACUGCAAGAGCUUGCUGUGGCUGAACCUGGCCAACAACUCCCUCUCCGGCUCAAUCCCCGCUUCCGUGUCGUUGGCGGGGACAUUGAGCAAACCGAAGUCGAUAACCAUCGCGUUCCGAGGGGCUUACGGCGAGUGCCUGACGAGAAGCGGUGGAGUUCCGGCGACCUACCGGCGCCGUUCAGCUUCGGCCUACACGCUGAUGACGGGGAAGAGCUGCUGGACUACGUGGGACCGCCUGCUCAAAGGCUACGGUCUCUUCCCGAUCUGUCUCAAUUCCUCGUCGCCGGUCAGAACUCUGACGGUCUCCGGCUAUCUUCAGCUCUCAAGAAACAGGCUCUCCGGCGAGAUUCCGGCCGAGAUCGGAGCGAUGAAGAGGAUGAGCUUGAUCCACCUCGAAGAGAACAACUUCUCCGGUCGAUUGCCGCCGCAGAUUGCGGGCGUACCGCUCGUCGUGCUCAACGUAUCCAACAAUAGCUUUUCCGGCGAGAUACCGCCGGAGAUCGGCCGGAUGAAUUGCCUGGAAAGUCUGGACCUUUCGUUCAAUAAUUUCUCCGGCGAGUUCGAGGCCAGCUUGAACCGGCUCUACGACCUCCACAUCUUCAACGCCUCGUACAACCCUUUGCUCUCCGGUCAGAUCCCGAUCACGGGUCAGAUAUCGACCUUCGGGAGGGAUUCGUUCCUCGGGGAUCCGCUGGUCGAGUUUUUUGGCGGGAAACGACCGACUGGGGGAGCGCCGGCCGUCGUUGGCCGGAGGAAUGGGCUGAGAGCGGCGGCGUUUUGGCAUAUUGCUGGCCUUGGCGGUGGCGCUCUUCGCUUGCGGUCUUCUCUAUCGUCCCGUGAGUAUGGGUACACUUGCAAGGCGCCGACGAAGGCGAUGUCACAGCUCGGUGCUGCUGAUGAGCUGGCGACCGGCGAGACGACCGUUGACGAAGGAGAGGAGUGUUUGAUGGAGUGGGUGAGGAGGGUGGGCGUCGGGGGAGUGAUUGGAGAAACGAAGACGAAGGAAAGUACCGUAAGGACGGUGCAGAUGUGGGGGGUAAUGAAGAUAGCUAUGUGGUGCACCGCGGAGGCACCGCAGCUGAGGCCUGAUAUGAGGGACGUGUUGGCUCUGCUGCUCAGCGUAUCCCCUAAUUCUGAUUUCAGCAGCUGUAGCAGCGACGGCAGCAGUGAUGGCUAUCAAUUUUCUUCUUUUUGAAGCUUUGUUUUGAAAAUUUUGUAUCAAGCACAUGUAUACAUAUAUGAAUGAUGUGUAAACCAGUAGUUAGUUAGUUUGGUAGGUUCACAGGCACGUGUUUGUUAAUUUUGAAAAGAAAAAUUAUUUUUUAUUA